UCUUGAGACGGUUGACUUCGUCGCCCCAGAUGAGGAGUGAUGUUCAGGACCUGCGAGAGGGAGAGGGACAGAGUCGUCCUUCAGAUGGGGACGGCGGACCCGGACCGAGCGCUGGCCGUGGCCCGGCUCGUGGAGAAGGACGUGGCGGCCAUCGACGUGAACAUGGGCUGUCCCAAGGAAUACUCCACCAAGGGCGGGAUGGGAGCUGCUCUCCUCUCGGACCCCGACAAGAUCGAGGCGAUCCUCAGGAAGCUCGUGGCAGGAGUCUCCAUACCGGUCACCUGUAAAAUCAGAAUCCUGCCUUCGUUGGAGGAGACGCUCAGUCUGGUGCGGAGGAUUGAGAGGACGGGCGUCGCUGCGGUCGCGGUUCACGGCAG